AUGAUGGGAAAAUAAUCUUCGUCAAAUCGCCAUCUUUGCUCAAUGCAAGCUAGCAAGCUGUAUACUACAGCUUUCGAAUGAUAAUUUCGGCCAAACGACGAUUGUUAAAGUGGAUACUAUUGUUAAUUGUAAACACCAAUAACUUAAGAUAGCCGUUUGGUAUACAUAACUCCACAUACUUUCCACGCACAAGUCGUACGUCUUGGUCAGCGCUCGACGAGUGGUGUGGUCAACAUGGGACGCUCUCGAAGCCGAAGUUCAUCCCGGUCCAAACACUCCAAAAGCAGCAAGCACAGCAAGAAAAGGAGUCGGUCACGAUCCAGAGACAGGGAGAGGUCAAAGAAGCGCUCUAAGUCAAGAGAAUCGAAGAGGAACAGGCGCAGAGAUUCUCGUUCGCGUUCCCGUUCUGCUACAACCUCAUCUCGCAGGGACAGAGCGCCAUCCCCGCCUGAGCGCAUCGACAUUUUCGGAAGGACAUUGAGCAAGAGGAAUGCCUUAGACGAAAAGCAGAGGAAGGAGGAGGAGGAAAGGAAAGCUGAAAUGGAACGGCAAAGAAAAAUUCGCCAGCAGGAGAUUGAAGAGAAGCUUAUUGAAGAGGAGACAGCUCGGCGAGUGGAGGAGCUGGUGGCCAAGCGGGUUGAAGAGGAGCUGGAGAAGCGUAAGGACGAGAUUGAGCGGGAAGUGUUGCGUCGCGUCGAGGAGGCAAAGCGCAUCAUGGAGCGACAGCUGCUGGAGGAGCUGGAGAGACAGCGACAUGCUGAGUUGGCAGCACAAAAGGCCAGAGAGGAGGAAGAAAAAUCAAAGCGGGAGGAGCUUGAAAAAAUCUUGGAGGAGAAUAACCGUAAGAUCGCGGAGGCCCAGGCAAAACUGGCUGAAGAUCAAUUGCGCAUUGUGGAGGAGCAAAGGAAAAUUCAUGAGGAGCGCAUGAAACUGGAGCAGGACCGACAGAAGCAGCAGAAGGAAGAGCAGAAAAUCAUCCUUGGAAAGGGCAAGUCCAGACCGAAGCUCUCCUUUUCCCUCAAGGCCACCGAAUGAGGGAGUAAUUUCCUUCAGUCCCAUCCAACUCUGCUCCUCAUCAACCCCAGUCCUAUGUCGGCUACUCGCUUCAUUUUGGAAGUGCUGAACGAAGGAAAAGAAAAAGUGCUGCAACUUGGUGUUUAAACGUGCAACCCAGUGAAGGUCCACAUCUUGCCUCCUGGCAAGGAAGAACAUCGAGACCUUGAUGGACCUGACUACUCCUUUGCCUCAUUCUGUUUUUUUUUUCCAGCCACACAUAAAAACUCAAGUUUGUGCUUUUGUUAUGUUUUUUAAUUAGAUUUUUAGCGACUACGAACAUUUGAUGUAGAAUUCUUUAGCAUGACCCUUGCCGUAAAGUAAGUCUUAACUCGGUGUAAUGAGUAACUGCGCGCCUGUACUCUGCUGACAUCAUUAGCAGCAAAUGGUCCCGGAUGAAAUGGAAUCCAGUUCAGAUUACUGUAAAGUGUCAUGCGCAGCUCGGGAGCUCUUUUUUUAGUUAGGUUUUUUUUUUUAACUUAAAAAUGUACUUUGGCAACAAAUCACAGCAGAGCCUUGAAAAGCAGUUAUUUCCUUUUCUAACAUCUCAAUUCUCUGUAUAAGUUCGAUUGUCUGUGUCAAAUUCACACUGGUCUUAUUUUGUUGUCCAUGCAUGGAUAUUUGUUGCGAGGAACUUCAUUGAAAUUCAUUCAGUAUCACAAAACAAAGCCUCCCUCCCGAGCUGUCCAUAUCAACGCUUAGAUCCAAUGUUAGAUUUUAUUUUUUUCCCCUCUUACGUGAUAAGGAGUGUAAAAAGUGGAGACUCAACUGUUAUGCGUGAUGUCACAUUGUGAAUCCUUGGUGUGAUGUGCUGAUUCCCCCUCAACCUUUCACGUUUCAAAACAACUACCUUUCAUCAAACCGGUCACAGUAAUAACUUUUUUCCCUAGAAAUGUCAACCUGUAUCAUUUAUGUUCUUCAGCCCUGUAAUGUAAAUUAAUGUAAGUUGCAUCGCUUGGUAACUCUGGAAGGGUAGAGGAUGGCCAAAUUCAGGUAAGGUAUUCAUUGAGGUCAGCGAAUAAAGUUUGUGUGUGAGUGCGCAUGUCUAUGUAUGUCUGUGGGUGUGUGUGUGUGCACGAUGUGAGAUGAGCUGACCUCAGGUGGGUAUACUGACGAAGGUGGGUGUCCCCGUGUACGUCGCAAGAAUUGACCAAUAAACCCAUUGAGACGUC